UUUCUUUUUUACCAGUGUUCUUCAAUCAUAAUUCAAACUUGAACAACCUUUUGAUCUCCAUUUUGCCUUGCUUUACAAGAAACUCUGAAUCAGUCAACCCCUCCCCCUCCGUUUAUCCAUCCACAUGCAUUAGCGUUUAUGUUAUUAGUAUAAAAUCAAAGUUAGAGCUUUCUUUUCUUGAAGAAUAAGACUCCAAACCACAAUCAAGAGCGAAAGAAGAAUAGCGGUCAGUAGUAAUGCUCCCUCUACUGAAGCUCGGAACGCUUGCCCUAAAAACUCUCAGCAAACCCAUCGCCGCUAGACUCAAGCAGCAGGCCGGGAUUCACCCCAAAUUCAGAAAUACGAUAGUUAGCAUAGCCCAGGCUAAUCACAGGAUCACAACAACCAUGCAAAGGCGCAUAUAUGGUCAUGCAACAGAUGUGGAAAUCCGACCCCUGAAUGAAGAGAAGGCUGUUCAAGCUGCUGUUGAUCUCAUGGGGGAACUUUUUGUCUUCUCGGUGGCAGUGGCUGCUCUGAUCUUCGAGGUACAGAGAAGUGCUCGAUCUGAAGCAAAAAAGGAGGAAGUUCGCAGGCAUGAAAUGGAGGGAAUGAGGCAACGGGAUGAAGAGUUAGCACAAGAGGUAGAGCUUCUGAAGCAAAAACUAGCAGAGAUCGAACAAAUGGCCAAGGCGCGAGGCCUUGCCGGAGUGUUUAGUUUAAGACAGGCCCAAGCUGAAGCCAAGCCCACACCUGUAGCUUGAUCUGCUAUAAUCACUAAUAAUUCAUCUAAUACUGGGUGAUACACUCUUGAAUCAGUAGCCUCCCUGAUUCACCUAUUCCUUUUAUACCCAUUUUUUCAAGAACACUGUAAAAGAUAAGAAGAUAGGACAAAUUCUUGCCAUAUUUUUGGAUGAAAUGUUAAAAAUCUGGGUGCGCCACAGGAGUUUUUGGCAUGGGUAGUUAGUUGAUGGAAUCAUGAAAAAUAUUCGAAGAAUUCCUUUUGAUAAAUAGUGAUGAUGAUAAUGAUGGUGGUGGAAUGUAAUUCCAUUUUGGCCAAUUGUUUAGUGAUAUUUGAUGUCUAAAACAGGCAAAGAAAAACAUUUUGAAGGUGCUUGUUGUUUGAAAGAUUAUUGUAUAAUUCGGUGGUGUAUGUGAAGAGAAGGAGAAUAUUUGUGGGUGGGGAUUUAA